AUGGCUGCUACACCAUCUGGGCUGGACUCUGCUUCUGUGGUCUCGUUCCAGAAACACUUGGCAACGUCCACCCGCAUAGUCGCCAUUCUCGGCGCAGGUCUCUCGGCGUCUUCCGGCUUACCCACAUUUCGAAGCGCCGACGGUCUAUGGUGCAGCCAUGAUGUACAGAUGAUCGCAACGCCAGCGGGCUGGCGCCGCGAUCCUGGGUUGGUAUGGCAAUUCUACUCGGAACGACGUCGCAAGGCACUGCGCGCACAACCAAACUCAGCUCAUUAUGCGCUCACAGAGCUUGCGAAGAUCAAGCCAGGCUUUGUUGCACUUAGCCAAAACGUGGACGGACUGCUACAGCGCGCUGGUAUGGGCGAAGGCGAUCCAAAAGGACAGCUGAAGUUGCUGCAUGGGAAUCUGUUUGACCUACGGUGUGCUAGCGGCUGUGGCUAUGAGGAGCGCGGCAAUUUUGAUGAUCCGCUAUCCCCUGGAGAUGAUGCUCCGAAGGUUUCUGACUCGGCCCCUGUAUUAAAAUCUGGUAUUGAGGAGAGCGAGCUGCCGCAGUGUCCAAGCUGUAAGAGCGGUCUACUGCGCCCAGGUGUUGUCUGGUUUGGGGAGGGCUUGCCUCAAGAUGUAAUGGACGAGGUAGAUGCGCUAUUCGACGAGGAAAAGAUUGAUCUUUGCCUUGUCAUCGGUACAUCAAGCUUGGUAUGGCCAGCAGCCGGAUUUGCUGAACAGGCGCGAAACAAAGGUGCGCGUAUUGCAACUGUGAACAUGAACAUCAAUGAUGCCAAGAACGUCAGAAAGGGUGAUUGGGUUUUCAUUGGUGAUGCGGCGGUAGUCGUUCCUGAAAUCCUAGGACUUACGCAGCUUCGAGGAUAG